AUCCGCAUUAUAUAGUUUACAUCCUUGACACAGUCAACAUCAUGCGACAAAGAUUAGGAAAUACCUAUUUUUAUCUAAAAUUGUUUAACAUACACAUGUGAGAUUUUCUACACAAAGUCAUUAGCAUAUGAAUUUAAGCAGUCGCAGAAGAACAUUUAAAUCAUGGAGAUGCCAAUGGAAGCAGCGAGAGAUGGAAGCUCAAGGUCACCACAGCAAAGUUCAAGGCCAAGUCGACCUCCACCCCCAAGGUCAGUACCUGCCGUCAUAACUGUGGCAACACUUCAGGAAUGCCAUGACAAUGCUUACAAACUCAUAGAGCAGGGUCUAUCUAGUGAUGAACAGGGGAAACCAGAUGAGGCAAAGGCAUUUUAUGAUAGUGGCAUGAAAGCUGUCGAACAUGCUUUAAAGAUAAACUGUGAAAGUAUUCUUGGUACUAAUGAUGAAAAAGAUAAAGCAAAAAUGAUACAGCAGAAAUUAAACAAGACAAAGUUACAAAUUGAAUACAGACUUCAGGCUUUGCGAGCCUCUGAAAUAGCAACACCUUCUGCCCCGCAGUCUAUGGAUGUGGAAUUCCCUCCAAGUUACGAAUACGCAACCUCAUUGGAUGCUCAAUAUGCAUCAUUAGGUGACAGUAUUAUGGCAGGAGAAUCAACAGAAGGACAAUCACUAACAGCUAAUGCCACAGAAAUAUUUUCCAUCCCUGAAGGUGUACAAAUCUUCUUUAUUUCACCAGAAGGUAAUGUAAGUGCCCCUUCAUAUCCAUCGGCACUGAAGGUAUUUAAGUUCACGGAGCAGCCGGCUAGUGGGGCAAACAAUGUGGUACAGCCUGCGGCCUUCCUACAGGUUGGUGACUGGGUCUAUCCUCUCCAGCCUUGCGCCUCCACAGCAAUGCGGACCCAGUAUGGAGCCUACAUCUUCCCUGAUGUACAGGCCACAGUACUAGGUGCAGCGGUUGGCCUGAUGAUCCCAGAUACUGUUCCUCAGGGUGAGCGACAAUGUUUUGAAGAUCUUCUUCAGAACUUGACCAUGAUGCACCAGCAGCAGGAGGUGGAGGCCACACCCACAGAAACCACGGAAACAGGGGAGGUUACCCCUGGAGAGGCGGAGACUACUAGCACAAAGAUAUCUAAGGGUCUCAUUGUUGCUGCCGAGUACAUCUCCUGGGGUAUGGGUAAGGGUGCUGAAAAGGCGAGCGAGUUGAUCAGCGCAGGUUCAUCAAAACUGCGGGCCCGUUUAAGGCCUGAGCAGAGCCCUCGCCCCAUUGACCCGCGGGUACAGACAGGGAUUCAGUAUGUGAGGAAGGGCUCACAUGCUGCUGUCCAGGUCAGCUCUUACUUAGUAACUAAGCUGGGUCAAGCAACAAUGUAUCUUGCAAAAGAAGCUGCCCCUCACAUUCGUCGUCAGGGAGGGAAAUACAUGCCCAAAUCUUUAAAGGAGGAAAAGAAGGAGGGGAAGUCGACCAUUGACAGUGUGCUGGAGGUUGCUGCCUCCGGAUUGCAUGGGUUUGGGACUGUCUAUAUGGGCUUAGAGCAGGCAGCCAAAGCUUUGGGAAAGAGUUUAGCAAAUGAAACAGUUCAAGUUGUCACUCACAAGUAUGGCCCAGAGGCUGGGCAUCUGACAGAGAACACCCUGUACUCCGCUGGUAACCUUGCACUUACAGCACAUAACGCAAAUAACUUCGGGGUCAAGGCUGUUGCUAAGCGAGCUGCUAAGGAUACCGGGAAGGCCAUUCUCAUGGAUCACGAGGUGCAGCAUAAACAGACGCAAAAAACGGACAAUCCCCCCAACACUCCGGUGGACAGAUGAACAGAGAGAAAAGAUGAUAAAUAAUGAGAUUGGGUUCAGUUAUGCUUAUGUGUACAGAAUAUCAAUGAAAAUGGGACAGUUAUAGUCCGUUUCGGAGCAAAGCCUUGUAAUGAUGGACUCCCUGUCAGCAAUAAAUUAUUGUAAACGGGUAAUCAUACCUACUUUGCUGGGACAAUUCUACUAAAUUUCAUGAUAUAUACCCAUUUCUGCAUGGACAUCAAUUAAUAACAAAACCUGUGAGCUAAUGUAUCAACUAUCCCAUACGGGUGUCUUUCUUUUAAAUACAUACAUGUAUUUUUAGGUUUGGUUCUGAAGUAGGUAAUAAAUGAAAUAACCUCUCCAGCCAUUCCUGGUUAUAGAUAAUGGUUUUCACCUGAUUUAUUUACUGAUCUGUUUUUCAGAAAAAAGUCGAGGGUGUUGUCAUAAUUUUGGCACUUUGUACCAUGCAAAAAUAAACUUCAAAUUGAAACUUGGUAAAAGUGUUCCAAGAUACAAAAUGUACAGCAAGGCCCAAAAAUCUGGAUUUAAUAAUUGUUGAGUCAUGCCCAUUUUUCUACUAAAAAAAGCAGACAAGCAUUUGCCUUGUGUUUUGUUACUUAUUCAUAUGAAAUUAAAUCAUUUAAUUGUAUCACAACACUAGUAUCACAGUAGUGAAAAAAUGUGCCAUAUGUCAACAAAUAUUUACAAUUCAUGAAAAUGAUUAAUUUCAUUUCGAGUUGAUAUAAAAGGAUUACUACAAGUGGGUAAAUCUGUGGGAUAAUAUCACUUCUCAUUGCUUUGUAAAGGUAAAUUUAUUCAUUGUACAACCAGAAGCACAUUAAACUUUUCAGUAAUGACCCUUGGGGCCUAUUGUGAUCGGUCUAUGUCCAGUGUCUGUCGUCCGUCGUUCGGCGUCAAAAUUGGUUAUAAUCAUCUUCUCCUAAACCGCUUAGACAAUUUUGAUGAAACUUCAUAGAAAUGAUCCUUGGUUGGUGCUUUUUCAAAAUUGUUCAAAGAAAUUAAUUCCAUGCAGAACUCUAAGUUGCCAUGGCAACCUAAAGGAAAAUGUCACCAAUUGGUUAUAAUCAUCAUCUUCUCCUAAACCGCUUGGACGAUUUUAAUGAAACUUCAUAGGAACAAUCCUUGGUUGGUGCUUUUUCAAAAUUGUUCAAAGAAAUGAAUUCCAUGCAGAACUCUGGUUGCCAUGGCAACCUAAAGGUAAAUGUCAACAAUUGGUUAUAAUCAUCAUUUUCUCCUAAAGCCCUUGGACAAUUUAAUGAAACUGCAUAGGAAUGAUCCUUGGUUGGUGCUUUUUCAAAAUUGUUAAAAGAAAUAAAUUCCAUGCAGAACUCUGGUUGCCUAAAGGAAAAUGUCAACAAUUUGGUUAUAAUCAUCAUCUUCUCCUAAACCCCUUGGACAAUUUUAAUGAAACUUCAUAGGAAUGAUCUUUGGUUGGUGCUUUUUCAAAAUUGUUCAAGAAAUUUUUUGUAACAAGGGAAUAGAUUUUAAAUUUUAUUAAGUCUUCAACAUAGUCACUUCUAAGGUAAUUAUUGUUCUUUUUUUUAGGAUCAUGGAAUAAAUAAUUAUUAUACACUAUUCUUUAGAAGAAAUUUCAUUUUUACUUUAAAUUUAAUAAUCAGACUUUUCCAUUGAACUUCAUGUAGAUUAUUGUAAACUUCAUGUAGAUUAUUCUAAGCUACAAAUCAUGUCUUAAAAAUAUUUGUAUGUUUUCAGCUAUUAAAAACAUGGUUACAAUAUUGUUAUCAAUAACCAAUAUUUCCAUAAAUGCAUUAUUAUGUUAAGUAGUUAAAGGUUUAUCACUCAUGUUUGUUAUACAUGUGUUUGUAUUUAUUUAAUAUAUGAUUGUCACUUUAAAGGGACUAAACACCAGAUUGGCACAAAAAAUGUUUUACUCUUUGAUAUCAUAAUUGUUAAAAAAUAUACCCCAAAAAAAUCGAGCCGGAGACUGGGUUAGAAUUGGUGUUGCCAAAAUGGCACUCAGCAUUGUAUCCACUGUGCUACGAAGGCUUACCCUAAAGUGUUGGAAUAUUUAAGCUAUAUUCUUAACUUGGUAAUAUCAUGUGAAAACAUUGACUAGCCAAUCACGAAUAAGAAUUAAUUCUACAAGAUAGACAUACCUAGUAAUCUUUUUUAAUGGAAAAAUACGAAAAAUAAUUGUACACAUCGAUACCAAGUUUAUGUCAGUUUUCGACAAUUUUCUUUUUCGCUAUUUCAUCAUAAGGUGUAUAACUCCUUUUGUUAUCGAUUUUUGCACAAUACAUGUAAAAGUAACAUGUCUGUUGUCAUGAUUAAUAAAGACAGUAUUUUGUACAGUA